AUGCCGUCAGCAGCUGCCCGGCGACUGUAUGAGGACCAAAUACCCUCAUUCAUGUCCAUUAUAGAUUCAGAGGUGGAACCCAUGGUCGACGAUUCUGGAGUGGUCACAAUGGUAGAUUCAAAGUUCAUGGGCAUGGAGCCCACAUACCCGUCGCAUUUCUCUGGGCCCAACCAGAUGACCCAGCAACUACAACAGCAGCAUUUGCACUCGUUACCAGCAGAUGCGCUGCACCGACACCAUGACAGCACCUCUACACAGAACUCUGCCGAUUCAUCGCCAACGACUACACUCACGACAGAUACAUCUUCAUUGUCAGAUCCUUCACCUUCAUCGUCGCCCGAUUCACCCGUCAACCUGAUUCCGUUGAACAACUUCCCGGGCACUUCUUUUGGCGCAUUGCCGUCAACAAUGGAUACGCUUAGGGUCAAGGACCAGCCACCUACAAUCAACACGCACUUCCAGCGGCCCAUGACUUCCCCUUCGCCGAGAAGACGUAACAUGAAGGGUCUUUCUAUCCAACCGCCAUUUGCGUCAAACGCCUCCAACAGCAGCUUGGUUUCUGAGCCUUCUUCGCCGUCUUUCAUCAAGCCUCAGAUUCCCGCCAUGAAGCGCAAACCGAGUCAACUGAGCCUGAAGACGGACGGUCCUGGACUCAGCCUGCGUGCCAGCAAUGUUGAAGUGCCGCCAUCGCCCGCCAUGGGUCCCAUCUUGCAGAGACGUGCCCUGAAGCACUCGACCUCAUCACCGCACAUGCUUUCUGCGAUGAAGUCGGCCACCUUUGGACCAGCUGGUGGCAUGUCAUUCCCCACCAUUUCAGACAGAGGAGAAUCUGGCCUAUCUGAGAUACUUCGCCCUUCGAGACUGAACAGCACCAGCUCGGGUAACCAGCGAGCCUCAAUCAUCAUGGAGGAAGACUCGCCCAUCCGAACUCAGCAGGCCAGUUGUGCAGCCAUGGAUUUUGAGCCAUUCCGCGACGAGAGCGAGGCCAAUGAGGAUCAAAAGUCUCCUGGCUAUCCUGAUGGCCCAAUUGCCAUCUAUGGAGAGGAAGUCUACUUGUACUUGGAGCCGUCUGCGGACGAGGCGGCCAAAUUUGAUGUUGUCAUCAAUGUUGCUCGUGAGGUGUCCAACCCCUUUGAUAGCAAGUUUGGCAGUCUUAGGGAUUUCCCAAGAGGAAAUGGUGCAGAGUCACCGAUUCCGGAUACUGCUGUCACAUCUGACAGCUUCUCUACUGCUUUUGAGUACCCUACAACUGACCGCCAAGAGACCCCCACGACACCCAAAGCAACGAAUGCUCUCCAAGAACCAGAGUAUAUCCACAUGCCGUGGGACCACAACACCGAUAUUGCUACGGAUCUCAUGACGCUCUGCGAGACAAUCGAGAAGCGAACGAAAGAGCGCAAAAAGGUCUUGGUACACUGCCAGCAGGGUGCCAGUCGAUCUGCUAGUCUGAUCAUUGCUUACGGUAUUUACCAAAACCCAGGCAUGAGCGUCAACGACGCCUACUACGCCGCCCAGGCCAAGAGUAAAUGGAUCAGCCCCAACAUGAAGCUCAUGUACUGCCUGCAAGAUUUCCAGAAGGAAAUGGCCAAGCGGAAGGCGCCUCGGUCUGCUGUGGGAACCCGUACUGGACGCAGCCCGACCAAGCAUCGGCUUACUCUAUCUGCAGACGGCAUUGAUGUGAAGCCCAAGGAACCUCUGUCAGCUCCCCUACCGGAUGAGAGCCCGAAGCAGGCAGAGAUCAGAACCCCUGAACGAAGCCCUCAGCACCUGCGUGGCAAGUCAACACCCAAUUUGGAGUCGAUCUCUCCUGGACCCUCCUCCGCACCGUCAAGCUUCUCGUGGCCACAGAGAGAGGUCGAGAUGGGCUCGGAAUCUUUCGGUCGCUUCAAGUCUGAUAAAUUGCUUGACCCGCCCAUGCUUAUUGAACCAGAGUCUUCGAAUGCUUUCCCACCUCCAGGCUCCUCGUUCUUUAAGCCGCCACCUUCGCCUGGUUUCAAGCCACCCAAGACUUCACUUGGCUUCACCCACCAGGAGCCAAAAGUGAGCUGGAAGAACGCACCGUCUCUUGGGCCGUCUCUGAGUUUCCAGCCUCCUCCCUCGCCCGGAUUCUUCCCAACCCGCGAAGCAUAUCGGCCUCCCCCGUCUCCCGGAUUCGGGCCUAGGCUGGAGCAGGGUGCCUCGUUCAUGGGGUUCUCAAGCUUGAAUCUAGGCAGCAGGGAUCCAACUUUUGGGUCGUUCCCGUCUUUCCAAGACCACGUUCAGGAGUCUGUCAACCACACUGUUCACGUUACUCGGGAACUUCCGGAAGAUGACGCUUUGAUGUCACCCAGAGCCGAGACAAUGACAAGUAACCCAAUUCACGACUCCUUUGGCGAGAUGGCAGGCAUGAAGUUUGUUGAGCACCCGCCGACCCCGAAUGAAGAACUCUUUUCGCCUAGGCAGUCGGUAUUUCCUAGGGAUCCAUUGCAGCCAUUUGGCCGGCCAACUCAGGUCGCCGAUCCGAGAAGUCCGCCGACAAAAGGCGAGACACCCAUUGUUAGAUCCAUCGAUGAGCUGCUAUAA